GUGUUUCCGCCGCACGGGACGAUGGAAGAGGAGCUGCGCUGCUUCACCUGUAAACAGUUCUACAUCAAUCCGGUGCUGCUGCCGUGUUACCACGGACUCUGUCUACACUGCGCCCUAAAUUUGCAACAGCCCGCCAAUCACAACAAUGUCGCGACUGCCGUGACCGGCGAGAACGCGGAAAGCGUCGCUUCCGGUUCUUCGGGGGAUUAUCAAGAGUCCGAUAAGUUGUCGAUUUUGAGCGAGACCGAUAGCGGUGUCGUGUGUACUUCGCGUCCCAAUUCGUACGUGGGAUCCCCCAACGGGUCGCUGUUUCCCGGCGCCCUCUCGCUGACCUGUCCGAUUUGUCAGAAAGUCGUGUACUUCGACGACAACGGGGCCCACAACUUGCCGAAGUAUCGAGUGAUGCAAAGCGUGGUCGAACGCUACGGGGAGUUGAAAAAUCUCACGUUGAAAUGUCAAAUGUGCGAACAGGAACCGGCCAAAGACGCGACCGUGAUGUGCGAACAAUGCGAGGUCCUGUACUGUGAGUCUUGUCGAGAGUCUUGUCAUCCCUCGCGCGGCCCGUUGGCCAAACACGUCUUGAACGAGCCGAAACGCGGCGGAACCGGUACCGGCAAACCUAGAGACGGGAAAUGUCCCGAACAUUCCGACGAACCCCUCAACAUGUAUUGUUUGGUUUGCAAAAUCGGUGUCUGUGCUUUGUGCUUGACUGAUUCGAGACACGCCAGCCACGACGUCCAAAGUUUGGCGGUCAUGUGCAAAGCUCAAAAGACUGAACUCUCUCACAACCUGCAACAGUUGUCCGAACGAGCGAGAUCUACUACGGAAUUCAUUCAGCGACUCAAAGGGAUGAGCGAUAAAGUUAACGAGAAUUGCGAGGAAUUCGAGCAGAUUGUGACGGCGCAAUGCGAAGCUCUGAUCUUGGCGAUUCAAGCCAGACGCGACCAGCUGAUCGAAUGUAUCAGACAAGACAAGGAACUAAGAGUGAGAGCGCUCAAGGAACAAGUGGUUACGUGUACAUCCAGACUCCAGCAAACCACGGCUCUCCUUCAGUUUUGCAUCGAAGCGCUAAAGGAGACAGAUAGCUCGGCUUUCUUACAGGUCGGUUCGAUGCUGAUAAGCCGCGUUGCAAACACGGACAACUCAUGGCACAAAGAAUGGUCAGCGCCCCGAGUCUCACCCCAUUUCGAUCUCACCCUGGACGAUAAAUCUGUACUGAAAGCCAUCGAACAGCUCAACUUUAUCCAAAUGAAACCAUACGUAGACGGAGAGGAGAGAGUACCAGCAGCGCCCGCAGCACCGGCAAUAAUUCCGGAGGAAUGUAGCGCCGAAAAUAAUUCCGUUACAGUGGCUUGGCAACCGCCCCCGCACAGUCACGUCGAAGGUUACGUUCUAGAACUCGAUGACGGCAACGGGGGAGACUUUCGGGAAGUCUAUUGCGGCAUUGAAACUAUCUGCACCGUCGACGGCUUACAUUUUCACUGCAUGUACAACGCCCGAGUGAAGGCGUUUAACAGUUCUGGUGAAGGAGAGUACAGCGAACUAAUAGGCUUGCAAACAGCCGAAGUUGCGUGGUUCACUUUUGACCCGAUAUUAUCGGGACCGGGGCUGCAAUAUUCACAGGACAACACGACCGUGACUGGAGAAGGCUGGGAACACCGCGUUUCCUUGGGCAGCGUGGGAUUUAGUAGAGGAAUUCACUAUUGGGAAUUCACCAUUGAUAAAUACGAUGCGGAUACCGAUCCGGCUUUCGGAAUUGCACGGAUAGAUGUCACCAGGGAUAAAAUGUUAGGUAAAGACGACAAAGGUUGGGCAAUGUACAUUGACCGUCAAAGGUCUUGGUUCCAACACGGCGGGGCGCACGAGCAAAGGGUAGAAGGCGGAAUUCACAUAGGGUCCACAAUCGGGGUAUUAUUAGAUCUCGACCAACAUGUUUUGCAGUUUUACGUAAACGAGGAGCCCCAAGGACUGGUAGCGUUCAGGGAUCUCUACGGGGUUUUUUAUCCCGCAGUCAGUCUCAAUCGAGGAGUCAGUGUAACUUUACACACAGCUUUAGAUCCGCCAUCAGAUACAGAUGAAACCUAACUAACUAAGCACUAA